AUGCACGAUCCCCUGAGCAACCUUCUCCAGUGCGCUAGAGUGCCUCGGAGAGACACCUUCUUGGAAACCUGUACCUCAGAGGUUGGAUUUCUGGCAACAUCCAACUGCGUGUACCUCAGUGAUUUCUCUGCCAUUCAGGGAGCCAAGGCUGUUCCCUCCAACAAGAUGUGGAUCUCAGCCCUAAGACGAGUAUGGACAGAUGAAAACAAAAUAAAAGUGACUUUUUCAAAGUUAGACCAAGUUUUAGGCCAAUUUAUGGUAUACAGAACAAGUGUACUAAAUGCUCGAUUUCCGGUAGAUUGGGUACAUCUAUACAUUAAACAAACUUACACAGAUUUUCUUGCACAAUCCUGGGGAACUGUGUGUAGUACGUUUUAUGCUGGAUCUGCAAGUGUUUUUCUAGAUAUGAAUGUCCUCACACCUGCCACUUGGACUGCUCAUGUAUUGGGCCAUAGUGUGGGAAUGAACCAUGAUGCAGAAUAUUGCCAGUGUAAGGGUAGGCACAAUUGCAUCAUGGGCACUGGACGAACUGGGUUUAGUAAUUGUAGUUAUGCUGAGUUUUUUGCACACGUCUAUUCAGGAGCAAAGUGUCUAACUAAUAUCCCAGGACUAGGCUUUGUGGUUAAGAGAUGUGGGAACAAAAUUGUGGAAGAGGAUGAGGAAUGUGACUGCGGUUCAGGAGAGGACUGUAAAACAGACCAGUGUUGUCAACCAGAUUGUAAAUUCAAACAAGGUGCCAAUUGUAGCACUGGACUUUGCUGUCAUAACUGUCACUUUCGUCCAUCUGGAUACAUGUGUCGGAAGGAGGAAAAUGAUUGUGACCUCGCAGAGUACUGCAGUGGGACCUCAGGACUCUGCCCAAGUGACACUUACAAGCAGGAUGGAACCCCUUGCAAGUACGAAGCCCGUUGUGUCAAAAAGGGCUGCCAGGCCAGAUAUAUGCAGUGUCAAAGCAUUUUUGGACCUGAUGCCAGGGAGGCUCCUCUUCAGUGCUAUGAUGUCCUUAAUGUAAUAGGUGACCAGUAUGGGAACUGUGGUGCUUCAGGAGUCCGUGAAUAUCGGAAGUGUACCAGGAAAAAUAUAUUAUGUGGCAGGAUACAGUGUAUAAAUGUCAACACCAUCCCUGAUAUGCCAGAUCAUACUCUUCUAAUUUCCACUCAUCUGCAGGAGGAAAACCUCAUGUGCUGGGGCAUAGGCUACCAUUUGUCCAUGGUAGCUAUGGGGAUACCUGACCUGGGAGUGGUAAAUGAUGGGACCUCCUGUGGUACGGACAAGAUAUGUUUUAAUAGAAAUUGCGUGAAUAGCUCAGUCCUGAAGUUUGACUGUUUGCCUGACAAGUGCAACCACCGAGGCGUUUGCAACAAUAAGAAAAACUGCCACUGCAUGUAUGGCUGGGCCCCUCCCUUCUGUGAGGAGGUAGGGUAUGGAGGAAGCAUUGACAGUGGGCCACCAGGACCUCUAAAACAGGGGGUGCCCACCUCAAUUCAGGUCGUGUCCCUUUCGUUAGUACGCCUUAUUUUGUUAAUUAUCUCAGUGAUUGUUGUGUUUUUCAGGAAAAUCUUAGGAAAGUAUAAACCCAAAGAGAAAGAAACACCACGAAUUAACACUGGAGUAGAAAAAUUCAAGGCAAAAAAUGUCAAGAAACCAAAAAAUAAUCAGGCAAUGCACAGUCACUCUGUAACCCAGGGUCAUAAACUGAACGAGGUUCUCAUUUAUCCUAACAGCUCUUCCUUCUUC